AUGUCAAGUCAGUGUAUACCGYCUGGCAAUAAAGACACUCUCUCUGACGCCAUCCAGAGACUUGAAACAUUAGAAACAAMUGCARAAUCUCCGSAAUGUGAUUCGGCCUUAGGCACGGCGAAAUGGUACAGAUUUCAGGAUGCUUCAGGUCAAAGCUAUCAUCUCGCUACUACGUGUGUUGGAACGAAUCGCUGUGGUGCAAGUGAAAGCGGCUGGGUUAAUGGKAGUCAUCCUAGUGCUGAUGAACAAGAAACUGAUGUUAAGAUAUGUUUCGGAAAUUAUCAAUACAAUGCAGUGUAUAACUGUUGUAUAACUAGCAUUUCAGCAAAGAUAAAACAGUGCUCAUCAGAAUACUAUUAUAAGUUUGAAUCAUUAGAUUGCUCUACCAAGAGAAAGUUCUGUACCAGCAAUAACCCAAUCACCAACAAUCCGUCUUGCAAUAGUAACCCAUGUCAGAAUUCUGGAACGUGUGUUUUAACAAUAGGAGGAGGAUACUCUUGCAGGUGCAAAGACGGGUUUAUAGGAGACCACUGCCAAACUGAGCUGACAUGUGAUAUGCUUCCCAUCGGCCUCGACGAUGGAAACAUUAUAUCAGACAGUAGAUUCACGGCAUCCUCAUUCCUAAGCAAUGAAUAUCAACCGUCCAAGGCACGAUUAAGUUCUGAUCGUGCUUGGGAACCAAACGGCAAUGACAAUGCUGAUUACUUGCAAAUUGAUUUACCCAAGAUGUAUCUUAUCUGUGCCAUGGCUACGAAGGGGAGCAACAAACCUGGACUUUCAGAGUGGACAACGCAUUACAAAAUCAAGUGUUUUUUUUACGAAAAUUGGUUUUACUACCCGGGUAAUGAAAAUGCAAAGGUCUUCACAGGCAACAGUGAUCAAGACACAUUAGUUAAACAUAUCUUUUUACCAGUUCCAUAUUUUAUCAUAACUAAGGCCUUGAGAUUCAUACCGACAAGUUAUCAUUCCUAUAAGGCACUACGAGUGGAAUUGUAUGGAUUGGAAGCUAAAUGUACGUGGAUACCUGUUGGCAUUGAACGCGAUUUUGUUAUACCAGACAGCAGUUUCUCAGCAAGCUCAACAUUGAUUAAUACCUCCCCCAAACAUGCGCGAUUGAUGUCACAUACAACAGGCUGGAUGCCGUCAACAAUAUCUAAUCAAAAUGACUACCUACAAAUUGACCUCCUUGAAGUUUAUCAGAUCUGUGGUGUUGCCACACAAGGGAGUAAUUUAGAACUAUGUUGGACGAAACAGUACAAAAUCUCAACUUGGUGUAGUGAAGAUUGGGUAAUGUACCCAAGUAAUGAUUCUCCAAAGAUAUUUGAAGGCAAUAAGGACAAGAAUAACAUAGUUAAACAUGAUCUUCAAGCUCCCGUCAUGUUAAAGAUGAUCAGGUUCAUUCCGACCUCCUACCACGUGAAAAAGGCUUUACGAGUAGAAGUGUAUGGGGAAAGAGGUAAUUGUACGCCUAGUGCAAUGAGCUCAUCCGCCUUGUCGAGUAUGCCAUCGUCUUCAGUCUUAUCGCUGACUUCCAAUACAAUAAGCAGUUUUAGCACAUCGAACAGUAUGAGCGAAUCUCUCUAUUCAUCUACAAUGUUUAGUAUUUCGACCAAUUCUAUUAUUUCAUUUACCGGAAGUAUAGCAGCAACAACAAGUGCUGUUACCUCUGGGAUUACUUAUACUGCAAGUUCUCCACAGUCAUCUUCAUCUACUAUGUAUGCUAGCAUAGUCAACUCCCUGGUAUCAACACCAAUUAUAACAGCAAGCAUCUCUAGUGAAAGUUUACAAACGCUUUCUGCCAGUGAUUCUUCAAUUWUAUCAAAUAAUUCAGGUAAUUGGACGCCCAAUGCAAUAAACCCAUCGACUUCAUCGAGUAUGUCAACGUCUUCAGUCUUAUCGCUGACCUCUAAUACAAUGAGCAGUUUCAGCACAUCGAACAGUAUGAGCGAAUCUCUCUAUUCACCUACAAUGUUUGGUAUUUCGACCAGUUCUAUUUUUUCAUUUACCGGAAGUAUAGCAGCAACACCAAGUGCUGUUACCUCUGGGAUUACUUAUGCUGCAAGUUCUCCACAGUUAUCUUCAUCUACUAUGUAUGCUAGCAUAGUCAACUCCCUGGUAUCAACACCAAUUAUAACAGCAAGCAUCUCUAGUGGAAGUUCACAAACUCUUUCUGCCAGUGAUUCUUCAAUUAUAUCAAAUACCUCAGAUUCAGAAGGAUUURGCACAUGGAGUUCUUGGAGCAAUUGCACGCACAACUGCGGUGGUGGAAAUUCAUCAAGAACACGUGUAUGUUCAGGAAACUCUUACAGCUGCAAUGGGUCUCUUAUUGAGACUCGCGAUUGCAACACACACAACUGUCCAGUUGAUGGAGGAUGGACCCUUUGGACCAAUUGGUCGUUUUGCAGCAAAGCAUGUGGAACUGGUUUCUCAAUGAAAACUCGGACAUGUACAAACCCAUCUCCAAUGUAUGGUGGAAGAGAUUGUUUUGGAAAUGAUCGCGAAGAGAAGCCGUGUAAUAAUCAAACAUGUCCAGCUGAAACGUGUCAAUUUGUUAUUCGCCUAACUGAGGAACAUUUUACUAACGAGCUGUUGAUAACGUCUUCAUCGGCAUGGAAUAGCUUGCAAACAAAGAUUGAAAAUAAUGCUAUGAUGUCCUAUUCAGUUAAUAGCAAUGUUAUGGGAAUUGCUGUUAUUUCGUACAGGAUCGGAAGUGUUGUUAGCACCUUCAAUGUCAGUUUUUCCUCGCUGGAUUCAAUUCAACUCCUACAAAUGUUUGAGAAUGUAAAUAUGAAAGGAAAGUUUGGGACAAUGCCUUCCCAUAUUCUCAGCGUUACUCCUAACGCAGUACCUUCAGAUCCUCCAAUAAUUACCUACAUAGCAAACAGCAGCUCAACAAGUAUGUUGUUAAAAUGGACCCUAAUCACUGACACAAUUGUUGUUGGCUAUGCUUGCUUCUACAAAGAGGCGGGUGAUCGUUUCCAACCAAAUGACGUAAAAUCUUCACCUGCAACUGACCAUAAAAUGGAAAUCACAAGACUAAAAAAAUUUACCAACUACACGUUUGUGCUUCUUGCAUUUAAUUCUAAUGGCAAUGGUGUUCCUGGUGAACUUUUAUCUAGAAAAACUGACGAAGACGUUCCAAGCAAGGCACCAGGAAACGUAAAAGUAAGAGUAUUAUCAUCCACUGAGCUGCAAGUCACGUGGGAUGCUAUACCCGCUGAAUACAUACAUGGUAUAUUACUGGGUUACAACAUCACAUAUGUUAAACACGAUUGGGAUAAUGUAUAUAGAACUAACUACUCCUUGAUACCGUCAACAACGCAUAGUUUACAACUUGAAAACCUAGGAAAGUAUAUGGUUUAUACUCUAUCAGUAUGUGGAUAUACCUCUAAAGGUUGCGGUGUUUCAAGUGAAAAGACUGUUAGAACAGCGGAAGAUGUUCCAACAGAACCACCUCAAAACUUUAAAGUCAAAAAUCUCACUUCUACAUCAAGUAUUUCAAUUACAUGGAACCAAGUUCCACGCGACCAGAUCAACGGUAGACUUUCCGGCUAUAUUCUCCGUUAUCAGAUGACAAGUUACCGUGGAAUACAAGUGUCUGAUGCAGUGGUUAAAACUCGAUACCUAGCAGUGUCAGAGACAAGUGUGCUUAUAUCUGGACUCUCAGCAUUUAGCAUUUGGAGAUUUGAAAUGGUUGCCAAGACCUAUGCAGGUGAAGGUGUAUCAACUAAGACUGUUUAUGGAGAAACCUGUAAAUGUCCAAAGACCCUUUAUACCAAUUACUUCGUUCUACCACCUUACCUGACUAAAACCAAGCGAGGUUACAGUGGAGUUUUCUACCAAGUUGCAACUAAUAUGAUGUCAUGGUCUUGUGGAAACUGCAUAAAUGGACACGGGAAAACAUUGAUCGAUUUAGAAAACAACGGCAAAGGGGGUGUUGCAGGAAAGAUAGGAGCUACCAGUCUUCUCAAUGAUAUCGAUGAUGUGCCACAAAUCUCGUUUCCGGUGUAUGGUAAUCAAUACAUGGAGAAGUACAUGGGGCUAUAUGACUAUUUCCACUUGAUGAACUCGCCUGGUGUGGCAUUCAUAACAAUUGACGACCCUCAAGGGACAGGAGCGAAACAUAUUAUGACGUCAGUCCUCGCCUGCCUGCCAUUUAUGGCCAUUGCAGUGACAAUGGCUUUGUUGGCUGGAGCAAUUGUCUGGAUUCUGGAGUCCCGCAGUAAUCCAGAGCAGUUUGGCUCAACAGUCUUGCAAGGAAUUGGAGAAGGUUUCUGGUGGGCGUAUAUAUCUAUGACAACCGUGGGGUACGGUGAUAAGUUUGCUCUAACAAUUAUUGGUCGUAUUUUCUCGAUUCUUUGGACUCUCACUGGUUUGGUAAUCAUAUCAAUCUUGGUUGGAUCAAUUUCUAGCGCGCUGACAACCGUSACAGUGAAGAAGGAUAUCAUACUUUAUGGUGCGAAGGUUGGUGCAAUCCAAAACUCUUCAGAACAUCGGCUUGGAAUUCUAAGAAACGCCAAAGUGAAUAAAGAUUUUCAGUGCCAAAACGUCUUUGAAUUAAAAGAAGCAUUAAAAGCGCGUGAAAUUCAAGGAAUCUUGCUGGAUCUCUUCGUCGCAGCUGAUAUUCAAGACGAACUCUUUGAUUCUGAUGUGAAAGUGAGCAAAUUGUUGGAAUAUUCAUUUGGCUAUGGUAUUGUACUGUCUGGUGCUGCUGCAGUCGUAAAAGAUCGCUGUAGAGAUUACAUGAAGCUAAACAUUGCCAACAUCACAAACACAAUCAAACAAGGAAUAAAAACAAUAAAUACUAACGCUACAAAGACAGGAAAGCCAAAACAAACUAAUAUGUUUGACAUCGAGUCAAGACUUCUUAAGGAGACUCUGAUGUUCUCGUCAGCACUGCUUUCUUUAGGCUUCACUUGCGGGUUGAUCUGGCAUUUUGUAUACUUCAAACUAUUGAAAAGUGAGUUGAUUGCCUAA